AGCCCAUUUCUUUUGGCCGAGGUGAAAAGUCAAGGCGUCCGUCCAGAAGACGCAUUUGCAGCAUUGACACGCACGCGCGGCAAGUUUGCCCCGCCCCCCACGCCCCUUCCCCGUCGUCGUCGCCGCCGCGCUAUAAAACAACUUUGUCCACUUCGCCCCCCCGCCAGGCCACCCCCACCGGACUCCGGCGAGACGCGCGAUCCGAGCAGGCGAACGUCGCUGGCGGCCAUGGGCGCGCUCGUCUAGCGGCCGCAUGGAGCUGCACAACCUGCUGUACGAGUCCGCGGGGGGGCCCGCGCACCCGGGCGAGCUCGGGGGGGACGUCGGGGACGACGCCGAGACCUCCGUGGACCUGAGCGCCUACAUCGACCCGGCCGCCUUCAACGACGACUUCCUGGCCGAACUCUUCCACCACCCGUCUCGGAUGCGCGCCGUCGCGGCCGCCGAAUACGAGCACGCGCACGUCGGACCCCAGCACGUGUACGCCAAGGUGGACCCCGUCCCGGACGGUCAAGUCUUCAAGGCGGACACGGACGACCUGUACGAGCGCGCGCGUCUGCGCCCGGUGGCCAUCAAGCAGGAGCCGCGCGACGAGGACCUCCUGCGCACGGCCGCCGCCUACCGGCACCGCUACGUGGCGCCUCCGCCGCCGCCGCCGCCGCCGCCGCACCUGCAGUACCAGGUGGCCCGCUGCGCGCAGACCUCGGUGCACCUCCAGCCGAGCCAGCCCACCCCGCCGCCCACCCCGGCGCCCAGCCCGCACCGCCGCCAGCGUGACCUUCACCACCAUCACCAUCAGAGGGCGACGGCGGCGGGCGGCAAGCCCAAGAAGCGCGUGGACAAGAGCAGCCCCGAGUACCGCCUGAGGCGGGAGCGCAACAACGUGGCCGUGCGCAAAAGUCGAGACAAAGCCAAAAUGCGCAACAUGGAGACGCAGCAGAAAGUUCUGGAGCUCAGCUCGGAUAACGAGAGACUCAGGCGCCGCGUGGACCACCUCAGCCGGGAACUGGACACCCUGCGGGGGGUCUUCCGCCAGCAGCAGCAGCAGCAACACGACGCCCUCUACAGGGGGCACCACCCGCGCAGCUGAGGAUGAGGAUGAGGACCCGAGACUCCGGUCCGAUCCGUCACGCCGCCAGCUUUGGCCACGCUCGUCUUGCCCGUCGGGCGCCAAAUAAAAGGUCACAAAAAGCAACAAAUCCACACGUGUAAUCGCUUACGUACUGUUCGAAAGAUGACAAAUGUGCUCUCACUUGUUUCUCAAAUAAAAGAUUUUCUUUCACGCGUG